UUAAUAUACAAAUCUGGCAGUGCACAUAAUGCAUAUAGUCCCGUUAACAUACCGAGACCAGACCUGAAGUUUUAGUUUUAUUUCCCCUGAAAUGUGUUUCAAAUGAACUUAUGCUUACCGGAUGGUUAAUUUCAAUUAUAAUAUUUGGAGAUAUGUGAGAACAUUUUAAAUAGAAUGUUGGGGAAAUAUGUGAAAUCUUAUUUAAUAUGAAUCGAAGACAGCAUUUGGGAAGGCUGCGGGAUUACCGCUCAGAGUGGCCUCACAUGUCUUCCCUCUACUCCGGGGGGUCAGCCAGAGAAGAGGAGGAACAGAAAUACGUGGACCCGGGGAUGAUGUUUGACAAUGUCUACGAGGACCCCUCAGAGCCUUACGGUGCUUACAAGUUCUACAUGGCACCAAGAGAGGAAUUCGUCAUUCAAUCCGAGCCACAUCUUUAUCCUACCAGAGCUGUUUACAAAGAUGACGAUGACCGGACUUCCGGUUAUGCUACCAGUGGCGGAUCCAGCUCUUUCAAAGAUGGAUCCACGCGGAGAAUUUUGCUUUGCGUUCUCCUGAUAUUUCUACUGAUUGGUGCAAUCAUAGCUGCCGUCACUAUGGCAGUGUUAAUUUCUCACCAGAGAAGGAUGAAGCCAUUAAGUCCAGAUUCACAACAGCAGGAUGUGUUAGAGUCCAACAUUAGGAUAGCCAACAGAACUUAUAAAGCAGAACACGGUGACCCAAGCAGUAAAGACUUCAGAAUACUGGAAACGGAAUUCUGCGAAGCAAUGGACGCUAUGUUCCUUCACAGUGAUUCUUCUUUAAAUGAAGACUACAAGGGAUGCAAAGUCUUAAGUUUCAGAUAUGGAAGUGUUAUAGCUAGAUAUCUGCUGAUGUUUUCAUGGAAAGACAAGAAACCUACAGGAUCGAUAGUUGAUACAGUGAAAGACUUUCUGCAGGACACCAUUCCAAAGAUAGGCAUAUGGAAUCCGUUGUUACUUGACGGGGACUCUGUGAACAUUUAUCCAGUGGAAAUUAAUGAAUUUGAACCCACUAGAAAAUCACCUGAAAUAAGAUUGACAUCUGAUGAUAUUGGGAGAGAGACUGUUUCUAGUUCUAUAGUGCCUGUUAUUGACUCUCUGAGUAGAACAGCAUCCGUUCAAAUUAAUGAUGAAUCAACUGUGGGCGUACCACCAGAAGCGACAAAGAAAGACAUUUUAUCCAAAGUUUCACCUUCCUUUACCACCAUAAGUGCCAAAACUAAAGAAGUAUACAUAAUGUCUGAAUUUGAUGAUAAUGUAGAGAAACUUUACUCAUCUCAAAGUUAUUUGAUGGUCGAAUCUGAAAUCACCCCAUCUGUGUCACUGUCGUCCAAAUUUUCACAACCUGCAUUUGAUAUACUGUUAACAAAGUCGGAUAUCGUUGACCAUUUAUUAGACGAUAUGAAGAUUCAAACGACGCCAUCAAUAAUCACAGAUGAAAAAGCCUCGAUUGACAAAUCGCUGAGCCUCGACAUAUCUUUACGAAAAGAUGAAAUAGAAAACAUACUUAGCGGAUUUUUACCUCCUGCUUCAUCAUCGUCUAAAAUGUCGUCUGGUGUUUUAUCAUCCGUUGAAAUCCAUCAUCCAGACUUGGAAAUUUCAGCUACUCCUUCCGUAUCGGUCAUUAACAUUGGUACGGGAGAUAUGUCCAGAACUAUUGCUGCUACGCCAUCAAAUACAAUGGAUGCAUCGGUGGAUGUCACAGCUCCAACUGACGAUUUAUUUGGUAGAUUUUUGUUACCUAGUUCACCGUCAACGAAAAAUCCACUGGGAUUCCCUUCAUGGGUUGAAAGCAAAACUGUACAUCAAAGCAGCGCGGAUCUGUUAUUAUCAGAUGGUGGUUUCGGGGGAUUUUUAUUUCCAUUCCCUAUGAGAAAAGAAUCGUCGACAGAAAUUCUACCACCAAAUUUUCUGAUGGCUUCCGCUCAUAGUCAGUUUAUUCCGUAUAGUUACUCUGUAGGUGAUGAAGAAAUGAGUGAACACAUGGGCAAAAGACACCAAUCAACUCUGGAGUCUGCAAUGAGGAGUUCUUUACCAGUGCACUAUCCAAAAGGUUCUACAGAGGAUGUGGCUAUUCUUUCCUCCGAUUUACCGACACGUUCUAAAGAAUCUGAAAGUCAUUCAUCCUUAACGCUUGGACCUGAAAUUGGUGGAAUGUUUGAAAAUUUCUUUCUUCGGUCAUCAACAUCCUUGGGUCAAGAGGUCACAGAGAAAACACCAUCAACAGAGCUGAUAGAUAGUGACACGUCUUCAGAAUAUCAGCUUACAAGUCAAAUAUUAUCAAAUGACAAAUACACCGAUACAACUUACAUAUUAUCGUCAAAAGAUGGAAUACUUUCUCGGUAUUUCGUAGACACGAAGACAAAGAUUAAAGGACUGUAUUCAACAAGUUUUCAGAGCACCCCAUCUACCAGUAGUGAAUCGUUGUCUUUUUCAGAAAAUAAUGUCAAAUCUACUAUGGUGUUGUCAUCGCAAGAUUUAACUUCUCGAGACAUAACAAAAUCUAGUGUGUAUGAAGAAUUGUCAUCUCCCGUUCCCUCCGAUGACACUUUGGAUUCUCUAAUUUCUUCAUCUGUUGAUGAAUUGCCGCUACUUGUGAAGACUGCAGACGAUUCAUCUUUAUUUAGUAGCUUUUCAUCAACAAGCAGAAGACUUCCACUUCAAGUCACAACUUCCUACUACAAUUCUUUACAGGCGUUAUUACCAACGGACAGUGGAAGUGAAUUGCCAAUUGAAGAGUUUGGUCUUAAUUUGAUUAGUUUGCCAUUGCUCGAAAAUCAUCUGAAAUCUGAUAUUGUUGAUCGCUCAAGGGAAGGUGCCCCAGAUCCUCAAAUUUCGACACAUUCGACGAAACUUUAUUCCGUUAUUCAAUCUCAAGACGCAGUUUCUCCAUUUUCGGGGUUAAUACCUGAUAUUUCUUUAGAUGGAAAAUUAGAAAGUUUAUUCGAUAAUAUCUAUGAUAUGAAAAGUGUGUUUUCACCUAUUGUUUCGACAGUGCUGUCUUCAUCCGUAGCUGAAGAAGAUAAGCAAACAUUACAAACAACGCAUACUGCCUCGCUAACUCAACCUUUCGACUUUCAGUCAUCUGUUGCAGAUCUUUCUGUGUAUAAAUCGAAUGAUACACACAUGAAAACUUUUAGUGACGUGUUAGGAGAUGUUUCUGAUCUUUUGUCGACUUUUAUACUGGAGGACAAACAAUUAACAAACAUUUUGCAGAGCAGUCACUCAAUAGCUGAGGAAACAUCCAGUAGUUUAACAAAGACUUCAAUGACACCAAACAUUUUAAACGUUGGAUUUAUGUCAACAACAGCAUUAACAGACGAAAAAUAUAUAUUGCCAACAAAAUCAUUGGGAUAUAACACGAAAAUUGUGGUCAGUAGUCAUAUUUCGCUUUCAGAAGAAAUAUCAAUCUCAUCAGAUUUAAAUCCUAAUCAGCUGACUAAGAGUUCUGUUCUACAAACUAGUCCCAUACCGUCAAUAGCUGACGUAUCUCCGCAAUCAGAGCAAACGAUGGAAUCUUAUGCUUCCUUCGUGACUGAUAUUUCCACUUCUCAGUCUGAAAGUGUGUAUCCACUUACGAAUUUCGAUCAAUCUUCCGUUUAUUCUAGUGGUGUGUUACAUCAGGAAUCGUUCCCAUCGUCAACAAAACUUAAGAGUUCCUCUGACUUUUCUUCUGGAAGUCUUUACACAACAAAUCCGGUCAUGUCCAGUCUGCAACAGGAAAGUACUAGUACAUCAGAUGAAACAUCACAGUAUGCUUCUCAUGGACUAAGUCAAAAAUUCGAUGAACAAUUUUCAGAUACAGUGUUCCAAAACACAAUGGAUAAAAUCUACAGCACAGCCCUGGAUGGAAUAAUGGAGAGUGCAUACCUCCGACCACCACAAACUCUAACCGACUUUGAAAGUACAACUCCUGUAUUUGCCAGUACUUUGAAAUCAUUACAAACAAUGAUUUCAGAAAAUACUUCAGAGAAAUCUCAAUCAUCGAUGUUUGAGGCUCAACAAUUGUCGUCGAUUAUUGACGAUGAAAGUUCUAAGUUUGAUUUGAUACCGUCAAAUGUCAGGGCGACAGAUAUGAAUGAUACUUAUACAGCUGCCAUGAUAGCUACUACAUCAGUUUUAGAUGAAAUGAAUAUAAUGUCAGAUGGAACGGCUGCGAGUCUAACUUCUGGUAGUGUUUCAACUCAAACAUACCUACCGAGAAGCAUAAACCCGGAUUCAUCUCAUACAGAUGAACAAACGAAAGUUUUCAUGACAAUCUCAAAUAAAAUCGAGAACCAAAACUCGACCUGGUCUGGAUCUUAUACUGAUAAAUCAUCUAUCACAGAUUUAGAUUUUAAAUCAAUAGAUAUAACAGCAACAACACCGGAUGUUUCUGAAUAUGAAAAAAUGACAGCAUCCAUUACAGCUGUAUCUUCAUCAACUGUCACAAAAGAACAGAAUAUGGCUACAGGUUUUGACCUACUUUCAAGCAUACAUUCUCCAUUUGAAACAUUUUAUCCACGAUCCAUCUCUAGCGAAACUGUGGAGGCUCUUGAUUCGUUUUCUAUAAAUGGAUUAAUGACAGAAUCACCCAUCGAUACAGUAAACAGCGCAGUACACCCGGAGGCGACUGAACUCAAUUCAGAAAUAGUACAAAUGCCAUCUAUUGGUCAAAUAUCUACUGAUGUCGAUCUAAAUUCACAGAUGUUUCCUCAGCGCACCACUGAUUCGAUACAACUGCAGUCAGUCACUGCUAGUUCCAUUGCUGUAAUGAACGAUUCGUUUUCUGUUCAUUUAACUUCAUCCCUGUUUUUAAAUGAUUUAGGAAAGCAAACAAACAUUCCUUUUCUGGAUCAAUCAGAUUUAUUUGAUGCAUCAGUAACAGAAGUAAGUUCGUCAUUUUCUACUGUGAUGACAUCUCAGGCGAACAUGCCUACACCGGAUUUUCUAACAGCUCCUUCAGUGAACAAAACUGUAUUUAUGCAAAGUGAAAUUGAUACACUGAUAUCUUUUUAUUCAUCCAAAGAAUUUUUAAACAAAUCUGUAGGUUUUGAUGCAAAUAGGAUAACAGAAUUAGAAAAUGACUUCAAGACCGAGAUUCACGUCCGGGAUCCAUUGAAUUCUGCUACAUGGAUUUCUAAGUCACUGACCAAUGUACUUGAUUUACAGCCUUCCAAAUUACCAUUCAGUGACAUUUCUUCUGAUCACGUGGUAAAAUUUUCCAAUUCCGCUUUACCAAACACUGAUUCGUUAGGGCUGAAGAAUGAUGUUUUGACAUCUGCAAUAAUGGAUAGUAUUAUUUCAACGCCUAUUGACAUGCUGCCAGUAAUCGUUCAAUCAUCGGAUUUGACAACCACAAGCUCUUCGUAUUUUGUUUCGAAGUCAACUGUAGAUCACAUUAAGGACUUUGAAUCACAGGAAACCAAACUUCAGAGUCAUUCUUCACUUUUAGUACCAUCAAUGUAUGAUUUUUCAAAUUCAAGUGUUGGUCAUUUGUAUGACGAAAUGCAAAUCAAUGGAUCACUAUCGAUGUCAUCUCUGUAUACGACAAGUGAACUACCUGAUAUAUUAUCCGCUAUUCCAGCUGGUAAAGUGUAUGAAACCCAAAUUACUGUUGAACCUUUGUUUACAUCUUCAAUACACGCCAUUAACACACCCAUCGAUGCAUCAGUUCUAUCAAAUAUACCAGAGAUUAGAGAAGAUAUAUUAGAAUCCAUAGCAGUGGCAGAUCCCUUUCACAGCAAUACAGUUUCAUCGUCUGAAUUAACCUCGGAAGUGUCUGCAUCCUUUGCAUUACUUGGAUCAUUGUCGUCGGUUUUACUCCACGUAGAUAAUGAAAAUACUGCUACGGAAGGAGUGAAGCUAUCUAGUUUAUCAACAUCAUACAUAUCUAACCAUGAAAGUGUUACUCUUGAAAGUGGAUUAGCACCAUCAGCAACAGAUGUGUCACAUGCAACAGAAAUCUUAACAACAACAGCCUUCUCAUUAAAUUCAGAGAUAUGGAGGCCGGAUGGUGAUAUAAAAUCUGAAACAUCUUACCCUUCGUCUGUUUCAUAUAUCCCGCCUAUCAUUAAUCAUCAUGUAUUUUCCGCCUCUAAUAUUGAUCAAUCCACAAUUUCCUCUUCAGUUCAGUCUUCACUAACGGUUACAACAUAUCCCUUAACCAAAGUUCUGACUGCUCUAGCAUCAUCAACUCCUGAAUUAUCGAUAAAUUCUUCUAACUCCAUCCCUUUCCCUUUUCCCCUCCCGUCCUCAAAAUAUGAUCCCUCCUUGAUUGAAACCUUACCUGUAAUAUCAACACAAGUAGUUCCUGAAACUUCUUCCUCAAAUUUAACUUUAGAUCCUAAGAUCAACGUAACGAGAUCGCGGUUUGAUAUAAUUUAUGACACUAGUAACUUUGAAAAUAGUUCAUACGUAAAAACAGUACAUUUUACAGCAUCUGAGACACUAAAUGAAACAUUUUCUAACACAUUUGUUAUUUCAGAUGGCAUCCAUACUAUGAAUAGCAUUGAACACAGCUUAUUUAAUACACCUUUAAUAGAUUUAUAUUCUUCUAUACCAACCUUUGAUACUAUAUCGAUUUCAAAAAGUUCUUCUAAUGCAUUUUCUCUGACGCCCAGUGAGGAAAAUAAAUCCCAAACGGUACAUUUUUCCGAUAGUCUUUUGGAUUCAUUCAAUUUGAAUUCAAUAUUAAUGUCCCACACAGCGGUAAAUCUCAUACUUUCUUCAUCCUUAUUUGAAUUUAGCACUGUAAUCGACGAUUCUAUACCCAAAGUAAAGCCAACAGGUGCAGAUAGCGCCGCUCUACAAACACCGGUAGGGGUAGAAUUGAAUGCCUCUUCAACAAUGGUAAGUGAAGUUCAGUCCUUGACUCCUCUUGUAAGUCCCUAUAAUAUGUCUAUUGACUCUCCCUUAGAAUUUAUUCAUGUAAACUCUUCCCAUGACCUAGACUCGCAUACGUUUGAACCGAAUAGAACAGAAAUAUCCAUAUCACCAACUCAAAUGAAAUCGUACUCAUUGUCAGUAAUGAAUAAUGCAGUUCAGAAUCAGACGCUGCUUGUACAAGCCACAUCAAUGGAUGAAAUUAAAGACUCUGUUUUUUAUGUAAAUGAUCAUAGUCAUUCACUUAGCAUAGGCCCACAAACAGUCGACACUAUAAAUUUAAUAGUACCAACACGGGUAGAUUCGCAGAUGUCGUCAAAUAUCAGAAGUGAAAUUUUGUAUCAGACGUCAACUUCACUAAUUAUUCCUUAUGAGAUUUCUCAAGACAUUCUUUUUAAAACAGUCAAAGAAAACCUUUCAUCUAAUAUAAAUCCACAAAUACUUAAAUCUGAGACAACAAAUUUGAUGACAAAACCUUUAUCACCAUCGCAUGUGAACUCAUAUUCCCUGUCUUUUAUGACAUCUGCAGUUUUGUCUCAGCUGCCACCUGUACAAAGUACAUCCUAUUUCUCAUCAGACGCCAUAUUUUUCGAUGUAAACAAAGAAAAUAGUUCACUUGAGGUAUUUAACGCUACCAUAACGAAUCUUAUAUCACCAACACUGAUGGAAUCAAUAAUAACAACAAGCAAUGUUCCUUAUCAAGCGAAUGACGAAACCUCCACGAGUCUCAUAUAUCCAACACUUAUUGAAUCGUUUAUGUCGUCCGUAUUGUCAAAUGAAAUUCUGUCUCAGACGCCACCUUUACUAAAUACUACUUAUAAUACUUCUCACGACCUUCUUUUCGAUAUGAAUAAAGAAAAUAGUACGAGUGAAAUACGCCCUCUGGCGAUUGGCGAUAAUUCCACGAGUCUGAUAUUACCAACACUUGUUGAAUCGUUUAUGCCGUCCGUAAUGACAAAUGAAGUUCAGACGACAUCUUUGCUAGAUACUUCUUAUGAUAAAUCUCACGACGUUCUUUUCGAUAUGAAUAAAGAAAAUAGUACACUUGAAAUAGACCCACUGGCGAUUGACGAAAACUCGACUUUUCUUAAAUCACAAACACUUGUUGAGCCAUAUAAGUCGUCCUUAAUUUCAAAUGAAAUUCUGUCUCAGACGCCAUCUUUGCUAGAUACUUCUUAUGAUCAAUCUCACGACGUUCUUUUCGAUAUGAAUAAAGAAAAUAGUACGAGUGAAAUACGCCCUCUGGCGAUUGACGAUAAUUCAACGAGUCUGAUAUUACCAACACUUGUUGAAUCGUUUAUGCCGUCCGUAAUGUCAAAUGAAAUUCUGUCUCAGACGCCAUCUUUGCUAAAUACUACUUAUAAUACAUCUCUCGACGUUCUUUUCGACAUGAAUAACGAAAAUAGUACAAGUGAAAUAAGCCAAAUGACGAUUCACAAUAACUCGACUAUUCAGAUAUCACCCACACUUGUUGAAUCGUUUAUGCCGUCCGUAAUGUCAAAUGAAAUUCUUUCACAAACUCCAUCUUCACUGACUAUAUCAUCUGAAAAUUUUCACGACUUCCUUUCCGAAAAUCGAUCACUUGAUAUAAAUACAAUUGCAUUUAAUGAUAACUUGACGAAUUUUAUAUCAUCAAGCGUAGAAUCCUAUAUGUCGUCCGUAAUGACCAAUAAAAGUUUGUCUCAAACACCAUAUUCAUUGAAUACUUCGUCUGAUACCUCUCACGACUUUCUUUUACAUAUGAACAAUGACACUCGGUCACUUGAUAUCAGCCCACUAACUUUGGACAAUAAUUCCACCAAUCUAACAUCACCAAAUUCGUCGUUAAUGGCAAAUGAAACUCCUUCUCAGACAUCUUUAUUUAGUACCUCGUACAAUACUUCUAGUGACUCUCUUUUUUAUAUGAAUAGAGAAAAUAGUACACUUGGUUUAGGCCAGCUGGUUUCUGAUGAUAAUUCGAUGAUUCUGAUAUCCCCAACGCUGGUUGAAUCGCACAUACCGUCCGUAAUGACAAAUGAAAUUCUUUCGCAGACACCCUCUGUAUUGAGUAUGUCUUCUGAUAAUUCUCACGACUUUCUUUAUGAAAAGCGAUCACUUGAUAUAAACUCAAAUGCAUUUGACGAUAUGUCUACGAAUUUAAUAUCAUCAACUUCAAAUGAAUUGUAUAUGCCGUACACAAUGACCACUGAAAUUCUGUCUCAGGCGUCAUCGGUACUGACUACGUCUUCUGAUAUUCCUCAUUUUAUAGAUAAAGUUAGUCACUCUCUUGAUGCUAGCCUACAAUACGUGGAAAAUAACAACUUAUCAAAUAUGGAACCAAAAGCUAUAUCCUCAACGCAGUCCUAUUCAUCGCCUAUAGUAAAUAUUGCUUUUUCAUCUCAGUUUAGUCCCUAUGUUAAGCCAAACGACAUUCCUGUAACAAUAAAUGAAAUAGAAAAAGUACUUGACACAUCAAAUUUGAUGACGAACAGCAUAACUCCGUCACUAAUACAAAGUGAAUUGUUUUCUAAGACACAACUUGUACAAGCGAUUUCUCAUGACGCUUCAAUUUUCAAUACUGUUAAAGAAAAUAACUCAUUGGAUAUGAGUCCGCUAGUUUUUCACGAUAACAUAUCAACAUAUCUUAUGAAUACAAUAACGCCAACUCGCGUAGAAUCGUAUUCACCGUCGUUAAUGAGUAGUAAAAUGUUGUCCCCAACGCCACUUUUGCAAACCACUUCUUAUGACACAUUGAUAGAUUCCCUCUCGCUGGCCCCAACCUUAGGCACUACUGCUUAUGAUAAAUCAAACGACACCCUUAUCCAUGAGAACAUUGAAGGCCAUUCUCUUCAUCUAGGCCCACAAAUAUUCAGCGUGAACACAACAAGAAAUCAAGCUAUGACCGAUGUAUCACCGACACGGGUAGAAUCAGUCAUUUCUAGUGCAGUUAUAGCUGAAAUCCCCAAUGAAGAGAAAAACUCCCUUGAUUUAGUCCCAGAUGUUUUUGACUCUUAUACAACAACGUACCGAUAUCCAUCUACCGAAGAUGUGUCAUCAACACAAGUGAACUUACCAUCUGUAGAAACUAGUGAAAUUCAGUCACAGACGCCAUCUGUAGAAACUAGUGACAUUCAAGCACUGUCGCCAUCUGUAGAAACUAGUGAAAUUCAGUCACAGACGCCAUCUGUAGAAAAUAGUAAAAUUCAGUCACAGACGCCAUCAGUAGAAACUAGUGAAAUUCAGUCACAGACGCCAUCUGUAGAAACUAGUGAAAUUCAAUCACAGACGCCAUCUGUAGAAACAAGUGAAAUUCAGUCACAGACGCCAAUUGUACAAACCACUCCCUAUGAUGCUUUUAAAGAUUUUCUUUUCAAAGUAAAAGAAGAGAGUCCCUCACUUAAUUUAGGUUCACAAGCCUUAGAUACCAGUGUAUUUGAUACAUCAAUAAAUUCCACACCGUAUUUGCUUCGUUCUAGUUUGUUUUUUACAUUGAUUGAAGAGUCGAGUUUGCAUGAUUUGGCAAUCCAAAGCAGCUCAUAUGAAUCGUUCCAGACAGUUCAAACUUACAGUGAUAUGACAUCCAGUCAAAAUAACGAAAAUCAGAACAUAUCUAUCAUAUCACAAGGUGAAUCAGUCGUGGAUUCGUUUGAGCUCUUUGGCAGUUUAUCUGGUGGUGUUUCAGAUACUAACGUUUUACCUAACCUUAUUGUUACUAACAUUUUGCCUACCCGUAGUGUUAAACCUUUUGACACAGUAUGGACUUCUCAUUGGUCGUCAGCAUUGGCCCCUGGUAAUUUAUCGCCCAUCACAAUUGCUACCGAUUUCACGCAUCCAACGCCGUCCUUGGGAUAUUCGUCUCUUAUAUCGGUAACUCCUUAUUCAGUCUUGCUACCGAAACUGUCAACAGACACUUCAUCUCCAACGAAUGAAAGUGAUACUAUUCAACAAAAAGUAAAAGGCAGCCAUGGAUCUUCAAACUUUAAUUUGAGUAAAAGUUUGAAACAAAAUGACUUAAUGGCGAACCACGCUCUUGAUAAACAAGACUACUACAAAGCUGUGAAUGCGUCCGAUUUCUUUGUUUAUCCAACAUCAGGGAUGAAGGAAAAUGUAAGUAUGAAUGUAAACGGAUCUUCCAAGUCUAGAAUAUACUCACCCGCAGCUGAUAUAGAUGAAGACUCCAUAAGGUCUGACAUUUUGUGGCCAUUUAAUGAAUUUGAUCAUUUAUCGCCUCAUCAACAUUUUGCGGAAGAUUCUUAUAUCGAAAUUAGUCUUAGUUUAGACUCUUUAACCCAAUUAUCUAUAGAUUUAGAUACAGACUGGCCUUCAGGUGUCACAAGCAGUAGCUCUUACGCAGAAAUGCAUACACGUUUACCAUCAGCAAAAACAUUCCCUCAAUUUGACGAAUCAUUACAGAUUUCAAACAAAGUAUUUCAGAAGGGUCUAUCUCGUGAACUAGCAACAGAUAUUCUAUUGGACACAAUGCUUGACAUAGGCUUUAGUAGCAAAGUUUUAGCAAUUCCAGUCUCUCAACAGUCCUCAAAAUUUCCAACUGUAAUUUCUUCUAAUACAGAAAUGCAGAAAACGUUUUCGUCAGCAGGAAAUUUUGAUGGACCGUUCUCAUAUAUUGAUGACAAAGACACUACGAUAAAAUCACAUAAUCCACCUUUAGAUAACACAGUAUCAACUAGUGUCUCGCAUACUCCCACGCACUCAAUAAAAGGUACAGUGUUUAGUACCUCGGACAUUCUAAGUAGCAUGGAUUAUGACACGAAGAAAGUAUCCCCAAUAUCAACAAUACCAAUAAAUAGCUCGUUAAUGCAUAACUCUCAUAAGCAAUUACCAAAUUCUAAAUUAUCAGAGGUGGGGAACUUCAUACAAAGUUCAGAGUUUGUUUAUGGUGCCGCUGUUGAUAAGUCAGAAGUGAUCAGUACUUCAGAGAAAGGUGGUGGAACUGGCUCCUUUACAAACGCUUCAUUUGCUCUUCACACACAAACUCUUUUACCAUCAUUGGAGAACUUCUUUGGAUUUAUUCCUCUUUCGAACGAAAAUAAGAAUUUGGACUCACGACCGACACUAACAAAAUCAUCUUCACUAAGUUUGGAUAUAUUAUCCGAUCGCUUAGGUUCCAUUUCUGAGUUGUCAUUUGAUAGAUCCUCCAUAAAUGUAGAUAGCAGUGUAUCCCCUAACGUUGAGGAUGAGGCCCUUUUGUUGUCAACAGAAAAUUCUGUCAAUAAUACUUAUCCAACACAAUAUUUAGACCCUACCAAUUCGGUUCGUUCUGUAUUUCAGACACAAACAAGUUCAAAAAGUUUCUUUGGGGCUAAAACUGAAGAUACCGGUAAUACAAGGUUGUUUUCUUCAAUCCUCAGUGAAAAUUUUAAAGAAACAAGAAGGAUAUUUGCAACAUCCACUGUCACUGAUUUUGAUACAAAAUCGACGAUUAAGUCACUUUCGUCUCUGGAAAAGCCAUUCAUUGUCAGUAACUCUGAUUUAAUUCACUCCUCUAAAGUCGCUAUUGGCACGACAUUGUCUCAAAAGGCCGAUCGUCAUGAUGGUAUAAGUGAAGUAGGAAAUCAUAUAAUGUCGAGCAUUGUUUCUUCACUUCUGAAUAGAGAUACAAAAGCACAAUUAACAAAUACCGUUUCAGAGAUCCACAUCUCGAGUACAUUGACAGAAAAGAAACCCCCUAACUUUCCAAGUAAUAUUGUACCAUCUUCAACUAAGAGCUACACAUAUCAGUCUCCAAUAUAUAACAAUGCAAACACAAAGCACUCACAAACUGAAACAAGCAUAGCAGCACUCAAAUUUCCAUCGAAUAUCAAUUCGUACACAGUAACCAAAAGCAGAUCGUCUGUGAACAAUGUCCUGUUUACAGCGGCUAAUGACUACGACUACUAUGCCACAGCUUAUGAUUUCAUCACUGAUAAUUUAGAAGAUACCCUGUCAGACUCUGUAGAAUCGUCGUCAGCCUCAACCUCUCUGACGUCGUUUGAUGAUACUAAGUCUUACAGUGAUACUCCUCCGUUAAUCCCUAUCCAGCCCACUGCGAUCUCAUCUGGAAAAGCAAAUAAUGCAAAAAUACAAGAUACAAUUCCUUCUGAAUCAGGAGUUGUGAAAGGGUAUCCCAUUGUUUUAGAUUUGAUAAAGCCAAGCAAGACACAACGCCAGACUCAAAUUUCACCAAAAUUAAAUUCCAUCAGCGGCGAAACCUUUAAUCCAAAUAAUCACGCCAUUAGCAGUCUAGGUUUCCUCGAAACUCCAGUUCGUAUGCGUUCUUCUCAAGCGACACAAAUCAUAAAGGAUACCAUCAUGCCGUCCCUUCAAAGAUUCCCAGGAGAAGACGUCACAGAGACAACUCCUCUCGGCACAAUGAUCAAACAAUCCCCUACGUCAUCGAUAAUUUCGAUGUCUUCGGAAGAUCCGUUUGCCGCUUUUUUCGGUGCAGGACCGGCCAUACCGCAAUGGGUCCUCGAUAUGCUGGGCUCAGUACACGAGUCCCCUAAAUCGUCAGCCAAUUAUCAUUUCAGACAUUGA